AUGGAAAAAACUAGGGCAGACACGCUUGAAACAGACGCCAUCAUUGUCGGCGCAGGCUUCAGCGGUUGUUAUUCACUGUUCAAGAUUCGACAGGCGGGGUACUCGGCCAAGAUUCUUGAACGUGGAAACGACUUUGGGGGCGUUUGGCACUUCAAUCGGUAUCCCGGAGCCAGGGUCGAUUCCGACACGCCCUCCUACCAGUUCAGCCUGUCCGAAGUCUGGUCCGACUUCCACUUUACCGAGCGGUUUCCCGGGCACGAAGAAAUCCGCAGAUAUUUUCAUCACGUCGAUGCCACUCUCGGCUUGCGCAAGGAUACGAUUUUCGACGCCCGAGUGGACGAGGUCAAGUACGACCCCGCGGGCAGACGCUGGCAUUUUCGCACGACAAAGGGUCUGUGCGCGACCUCCAAGUACGCAAUCUUCGCAUGCGGCCCGAUGAACAAACCGUACAUGCCUCGUUUUCCAAACCAGGACAUGUUCGGUGGGCCCGUCAUCCAUCCGUCCGCAUGGCCCAGCGAUCUCCAGCUUACGGGCAAGAAGAUUGGCGUCAUCGGGCAGGGAGCGUCCGGUCUGCAGAUCGUACAGGAGCUUGCUAAAGUGGACUGCCAACUCACAGUCUUCGUUCGGAACCCCUGCAUCGCGAUCCCCAUGCACCAAAGACAGCUGUCGAACCGAGAGUCGGAAGAGAUGAAAAACUACUACGACGCCAUAUUUACCGAGGCCAAGUUCGGCUCGUCUUCGGCGCUGCCCUACAAUCACAAUACGGAUUUGCUACGCUGCACGACUGAAGCAGAACGGGCGGCCCUGUUUGAGCGACUGUGGAAUAGGGGUGGCCUCGGUCUCACGAAGUCGAACUAUCGCGACAUCGCGUUCGACAAGACGGCCAACGCAUGCUUGUACGACUUCUGGGUCCGCAAAACGAGAAGCCGGAUGACGGAUCCCGAGAAGAGGGACAUCGUCGCGCCUCUGGAUCAGUUCGAAUGGUUCGGAGCGACACGCGUCAAUCUUGAGAUGGACUACUAUGAGAUGCUGGAUCGACCGAAUGUCAAACUGAUCGAUCUCAAGAAGACACCGAUUCAGUCUUUCGACAGGCAGGGGAUUGUUACCAAGACCACGGACGCCAUCACACACCACGAUAUGGACAUCGUCAUCAUGGCCACCGGCUACGACUCUUUGACGGGUAGCCUGCUUGACAUGAACAUUCACGACAAGCACGGCGUCCGGCUACGGGACGCUUGGAAGAGCGGCAUCAGCACGUAUCUUGGCAUGAUGGUUCCCAAUAUGCCAAACGCGUUCAUGCUGUACGGACCACAAGGACCGACAACGCAGACCAACGCACCGCCCUUCAUCGAGCUUCAGGUUGACUGGGUGGUAAGCCUCCUGGAGCGGAUGCGCGAAGACGGCCUGCGUUCGAUCGAGCCAUCGGAAGAGUCUUGCCGCUCGUGGAAAAGUCUUGUAAUGGAUGCCUUCGAGUCGACUCUUUUUCGCGACAGCACUGCGUGGUGGACUGGCGCGAACAUCCCGCACAAGAACAUUGAGCCGCUUGUCUUUCUAGGUGGGGUUCAGCAAUGGAGACAUCUGUGUAGUCGUUCGCUAGAUGACUGGGCAAGUUUUGUCGUAUCCUGGUAG